AUGGCAUUCUUCUUUGUUGUGGGGACCAAAGACUUCACAAGCCCUUUGAAGGGAUACGAGGGGACCACGGCUCAGUGCCACAACUGCGGAAACUGGUCGGCGCAUCCAAUUUCUAGCUGGGACUGGUUCACAUUUUGUUUCGUACCCGUCAUUCCUCUCGGAAGCAAGCACAAAGAUCUUGCCUGCUCAAUUUGCCGCUUUCGUCAAGACAUACGAAAUCGACCAGACGUCCUUUCACAGCAAGGUCAGGGUCCAGGCCCAGCGAUACCUCCACAUCAACAGGGACCUCCGCUCGGUUGGAACGGCCCUCCUCCUCCUGGACAGCAACCGCGCUAUAAGUGA